AUGAGGGUAGUCGUCUUCGGCGCUUCAGGGGUGCAGGGCGCCGCACAGGUAGCCGCCGUCGCCCGCGCCGGACACCACCCCGUCGCCGUCAGCCGCAGCCCGAAGCCGCUCCAGAUCGACGGGCAGACCGUCGAGACUGCGGCCGCCGACUUCACCGACCAAGCCGCUCUCGACAGCGCCGUCCGAGGCGCCGACAUCGUCUUCCUCAACCUCCCCUCGACCUCCUUCCAGGAGGCCGAGCCCGUGAUCGCGGCAGCCAAGGCAGUCGGCGAGGCCGUCAUGCGGGCCCCCAGCGUCCAGCUGGUCGUCUUCAACACCAGCAUGCCCGUGCCCCCCUCCAGCCACGGCAUCGAGGCGCAGGAGCACCGGCGCGAGAUCCGCGACCUCCUGCGGGCCAGGGGCAUCCCCCUGGUCAGCAUCCAGCCCGUCGUCUUCCUGGACAACCUCCUCGAGGGCUGGGCCCUGCCGCCGAUCCUCGACACCUCCACCGUUGUCUACUGCCACGCCGAAACCCUCGACGUCUCGUGGAUCUGCCACGACGACCUCGCCCGCCUCAUGGUCGCCGCCAUGGAGCGCGGCCCGGGGAUCGUCGCCGGCCGCGACUUCGCCGUCGGAGGGCCCGAGACGGUGCGCCUGGCGCAGCUGACCGAGAGGUUGGCGCGCGGGUGGGGCCGGCCGCUGGACCACGAGAGCCAGUCUGUUGACGAGUUCUGCGACCGCAUCAGCGAGGCGAUGGGAGCGCGUUCGGGCCUCGACGCUGCUGUUGUCGUCGACCAGAUGCGCCGAGCCUAUACUUGGUAUAAUGAGGCGCCUGAGAGGCCGUUCCGGGUCGACAUGGGACCCGUGCUGGAGGAGCUGCCGGCGGCGCUCACGACGAUCGAGGAGUGGGCUCGGCGGCAUCCGCUUCCGGACCGGGGGUAA